UUCAAUGAUGAUAGUUCAUGCAAUUAAAAUUACAAUGCUCUGUGUCGAAUUCCCGGGUAGAUAAUGGUAGGUAGGUCGAGUGUGCAGAGCCAGUCAACGGCUUCUGUGUACACUUUUGGUGCAGUCGAUGUGUAUGUGCCCGAGCGAUAUUCCCGAGGAAAUGGUUCCAUGAACUUCUCCUGUGCUUCGAGUAACCUCGGAGUAACCAGACUAACUUACUCUAAGGAGUAACCACGCACGCGCAUUGGAUCGGGAUCUCCCGGCUUGAAUAGAUUACAACCAAUCCAAUGUGCAUGUCUCCGUGUUUCUGAAAGUCACCAGGUCACUGCUGUGACCAAUCUACAGGCCUUGAUCGAGACCUACGUACAAUUACAAAUCGACUAGUCAUUCCACAGGGAUCUCAAAAAUGGCUGCGGAAGGGGAUGUUCCGAAGUUGGCCAUCACCAUCAACCCUGAAGACCCGGAUGAUGACGUCAUGGCGAUAAUCGAAAAACUCCGACCACGAUGGAAGCGCUCGGACGUCAAACGCAAGACACUCGGCGAAAAUGCUUCCAUGGUCAACAAAAUGUAUGCGUACUACGUCACCAAAACGUGCGAUGUCGACGCAAUCGUGGUACGAAUCUACGGCACAGAUUUUGUAGAAUAUUCGGACAGAGACCGAGAAAUCAAAGUGACUUUGUUGCUCUCCGAAAUCGGGUUGUCUCCCAAGGUUUACUGCACGUUUGAGAAUGGGAUGUGUUUUGCCUUUGCGAAAGGAAAGCCGUAUGACCUAAAGGAUAGAGCGACAUUUAGUUGUAAGAAGUUGGCGAUGGCAGUUGCCAAGGAAUUGGCGGGAAUCCACUGCAAGAACACCGCCAAAUUAGCUGCUGAAAAGUACGGCAUUCCGGUUGAGGUGGACACCGCUCACGAGUCAUUCCGUGUGGCAUUAGGAGCCUGGGGACCUGAGAUGGACAAGUUGGACCCAUUAGUCACCACACCAGAAUUUCCAACCAAGGCGAUGGUCAAGGAGGAGAUAGACCGCGUCGAUCAAAUUGUACGUGACCUUGGCAUGCCAGUGGUCAUGAGCCACAAUGACCUUCACCCCGCGAACGUCAUUUUUGAUCAAGAGACGGGAAAAUGCGUGAUUGUCGACUACGAAUACUCCUUCUUCAAUCACCAAGGCUGGGAUUUGGCUCAGUACUUAUUUUAUGCGGCUUUUGGAGUCGGGGUUGAAAAGAAUACGCCUGAAAUGCACCAAACAGAAUACAGGAAAGAUUUUCUGCGGAGCUAUCUUAAACGCCUAAGUAUCCUUGACAACUGGGGACGAGAUGUCACAGAGCUAGAUGUUGAUGAACUCUUAGAAAAAGUUAACAAGUUUACCAUGUUUGUGAUGUUAUUCCACAUACCAAUCUCCCUGAUUGUAGCCUCGAAACCACCGGAAAACUUCGCUGACGAUACCAAUUGGUGCAGAGGAGCUUUGAACGCCUGGAAACUGUACCUUGCUACAAGGAAAGAGCUGCUCGGAUUCUAGUGCUGCCUCCUGUCAUCGUAUAGCAACAGUCAAGGGGAAUAUGGUUGUGCGACAAAAAAGGGAGUUCUUGAGUACUACUACACAGUAUGCGAAAUCAUAGUGUCAUAUGUUGUCUUCAAAAUCUGUGAACAGUCGUUUUCUUUACCUUGUGAAAUGUGCGAAAUAAUUUAGAAAAAACUCCAAUACACACCCUCCAUUGUUUGAUUACAAUCAAGAAAGUAUUUUGGAUGUUGCCAGAUUUUUGAGAUAGGAAAAUUGGGAAUCGUCGUAUACGGGAUUUUCUCUUACUGUCUGGCGAACCAAGUCCGAAAUUCCUGAAGGAUUACAGGGUCUUGUGAUUGAUUAAAUAAAAGGCCUUUUUAUCAAGGCCCAAUUUUCUCUCUUUGUCUAUGAAAAGAAAAGGGACGACUCAGUGAUAAUUCUCAGGACAGCAGAUAUCUGUGUCAAAAACAUGUUUGUUGAUAUGUCUGGGGGCAGUUGGUUACAUACGGUCCUGGUUAGAAUCGGGCAAUCAACUGCCGAUAACUGACGUAAAGAGAAACAGUAAGAAAACUAUGAAAAUAUUGCGUUUUCAUCUUUUUAUUCUAAAGCUUAAUAUUAGCAUUUGGUGUGUGCAGUGUUGCAUUUUAAUUUGCCUUCUACAGACAAGUAAUGAAUUAUAACAUCUACAAAUAAUAAAUCUUUAAAAGAAAAACGAUUUGGCACAGCAAAAUAAAUUCCCUUUUCUGUUGA